GGAAGCGGAACGGAGGUGCGGACAGAGCGAGGCUGCGGAAGAGCGACCUCAGUGUCAGCUGUGGGAGGAGCAGACGUUGGCCUCCAGCGCGCAUCCGUAGGGUCAUGGAGUUCUGGAACAGGAGCAUCAGGCCAUGGAUGGAGGGGUACCAUGGGAUGAUGGAGCACCAGGAUGAGCACAAGAAUCCAUGGGUGAAGGAGUUCCCGUAUGUGUGGGCGAGGUACAACAUGGACUGUGGGCUGGUGGCCGAGCAGGUGGAGGUGACCGGGGAUCCGGUGCCGUACCAAGAAGAGAAAUCAUUCGUUCCACACGUGGACAGAGUGGUGGCCUCGCUGUUGCGACAGAUGCUGGGGGAGGGCAUCGUGGUGAUGGGCAGUUCGCCCUCCAACAGCCCUCUGCACCUCAUCUCCAAGGACAACGGGGAGACGUUGCGGCUGACGCUCAACUUCAAGGCCAUCCACAGCGUCACCCCCCGGCAGCCGACGGAAUCCCUGGACAGGACGGAUGUGGCAAAGGUGCUCAGCCCUCGCAGCCGCUAUUUCAGCACCCUUGAUCUGUCCUGCGCCUCCUUCGCCAUCCCGCUGACGGCCGCCUCCAGGCGCAGGUUUGCCUUCUCCUUCCGAGGGCAGCAGUAUCUGUUCACCCGCCUGCCUCCGGGCUUCUACCUCACCAACAGCAUCGUGCACCGCCGUGUGGCCUGCAUGCUGGCCCAGCUGCCCCCGGAGGACAAAGGCUGGGUGUCUUCUUACGUAGACGAUAUGAUCAUCUCUGGGAGAACCCGUGAGGAGACCGAGUCCCGCACCAAGAGGGUUCUGCGGCUGAUCCAAAACACUGGUUUUAAAGUCAAACUGUGGAAGGCUCAGCUGGUGCAGCCCGAGGUCGACUACCUGGGGAUGAAGCUGUCGGCACGCGGCUGGGAGCUGCAGGCGAGCAAAUUGGAGUGCAUCGUGAACGCUCCAUCACCAUCAGACUUGAGAAGCCUCAGCUCGUUGCUGGAGAAGCUGUGCUGUCACCAGGACCACGUAGAGGACUACCAGGAGUUGGUGCGGCCCCUGAAGUCACUGCUGAAUGAGGAGAAGUGGCGUUGGGGCCAGGAGCAGCAGCAGGCACUGCGGAGGCUGAUAAAGGCCGUUGUGACGGCGCCGGUGUUGCGUUUUGUCGACCGGUCGCAGCCAUUCAUCAUCAGGCCGACGGUGUACAAUGAGACGAUGGGGGCUGCUCUGCUGCAGGAGGAUGAGCAGGGGAGGAUUGUCGCCAUCCGGUUCAAGUCCUGCGUGCUGAAGGAGCACCAAGUGUCCUAUUCGCCCAAGGAGAAGCAGUGCAUGGCAGUGGUCAGAGCGGUGCACAAGUUCCAGGAUCUCAUAGGGACGGCUCCGAUCGUCAUCCAAAUGCCCCAUUCCCCUUGGAAGUACCUCCUUCGGGGUGACACCGAGACCUUCUGUUGGCCGAUCCCUUGCAAGAAGCAGUGGAACUUGCUUCUGGUCAACGGGGGGAAAAGAAUGCCCGCAGCCCCACAGCGUUCGGACGUGCUGGUGCACACCGCACCUCUCCUACACCAGCUGCCAUCCGGUGUGCCCCACAGUGAUGUUUGGUUCACAGCAGGGCGCAGGGCCUGUGUGGCAGCCUUAGGCUUUGCUGCCACCAACCUGGAGGAGCGCUGGCUGCUGGGGUUGAUGCAGCAUGGCUCGCCGGCAGACGUGGAGCUGGAGGCCAUCAGGGUGCUGAUGCAGGAGCACCGGAGCUCCAAGCCUUUGUAUGUCUAUGCCAACUCCCAAAGCGUGGUGCAAGGGCUGCAGAAUAGGGACGUCAAGGACAGAAGGGUGGGAGACAUGCAGUUGUGGCAGAGCGUUCUGCAAUGGGUGUCGGCCAAUCCAGGGGUGCUGCAUGUUGGGGACAGCAGGGAUGGGGAAGAGCUGAAGUGGAACCGAAAGGUGGUGGAGAGAGCACAGAGCAUCCAAGCGUGGGUGUUGUCCUCUCAUGGCCAGCGGGUGUGGGAGCCAUCCAAGCACGAGAGGCAGGAGAUCGUUGCGCUCAGCCAUGUGGGGCACGUGGGGGUGACAAAGAUGCUGAAAAGGGUCUGGCAGGUGGCGCGCUGGGAAGGGGACCGCGAGCAGGUGGCCCGGUGGGUGCAGUGCUGCAGCUGCACCAGGAGCCCCCCGCAGCCCCAGCGCACGGAGGGGCCGUGGUCACGUCUGCAGCUGGCCCACGUCAAGGACUUACCCCUCUCCUCCAAGGGCUACUCCUCCCUGCUGGUGCUGCUGGAUGAGUUCUCGGGGUGGGUGGACGCCUUCCCGAUGCGGAAAGGCAACAGGGAGGAGAUGGUCACGGAGAUGGUCACGCUGCUGCAAGAGCACGUGGUGCAGCGGUUGGGGAUGCCAUCCUGCAUCAGCAUGGGGCACUGCGAGCGUUUCCUGCAGGACGCAGUGCAGAUGAGUCUGCAGAUGGUUGUGGACGUGCAGUUCUUAUUACCCAACUGGGUGGAAGCCAUCACCACCAGCCUGCAGCGCCUGGCCCAGAGCGCAGGCAAACACUGGGCUGACAGCUUGUCGCUCAUCAUGGCCGCCCUUAGGGCCAUGUGUGUGCGCAGCGCAGUGCUCGGCCCCUACCAGCUCUGCUCCCAUCGCCCGCUGGUCCUCAGGCUCAGCCCUGUUGAGGGAGAGGCACCGCCCGACCCCACCGAGUCCCUCCUGCCCUGGCUGGCGCGGCUGCGGGAGGACAGGGCUGAGUACAAGCAGAGGGUGCAGGAGGCCAUGGGGGUGUAGAGUGUCACGCUGAGUAGGGCUCAGGGGCUGUAGGAUGGUACUACUCCUGUUGUAGAGUCAGAACCAUUCAGGUUGGAGAAGACCCCCAAGGUCAUCAAGUCCAACCCCAACCCAUCCCCACCAUGCCCACUGACCUUGUCCUGUGCCAUUGAUAUCCAGACCUGUAUCCUUUUCCUGAACCCACAGGGUUUGGAGGCUCCACCAACCUGUACCACUGAUAUAGAAUCAUAGAAUCAUUAAGGUUGCAGAAGAUCUCUAAGAUCCCCAAGUCCAACCCCGACCCAUCCCCACUGUGCCCAAUAAUUGUUGUGUCCCAUGCCAUUGGUAUCAUAGAACCAUAGAAUGGCCUGGGUUGAAAAGGACCACAAUGAUCAUUCGGUUCCAACCCCCUGCUAUGUGCAGGGUCGCCAACCAGCAGACCAGGCUGCCCAGAGCCACAUCCAGCCUGGCCUUGAAUGCCUCCAGGGAUGGGGCAUCCACAGCCUCCUUGGGCAACCUGUUCAGUGCGUCACCACCCUCUGGGUGAAAAACUUCCUCCUAAUAUCCAACCUAAACCUCCCCUGUCUCAGUUUAAAACCAUUCCCCCUUGUCCUAUCACUGUCCACCCUUGUAAACAGCCGUUCCCCUUCCUGUUUAUACGCUCCCUUCAAGUACUGGAAGGCCGCUAUGAGGUCUCCCCAGAUCCUUCUCUUCUCCAAGCUAAACAAGCCCAGUUAAUAUCACACAUGUCCCUGCCCCAGUCCAUAGGAUCUGUAGGCUUAGCCACCCCAUUGCUUUCAUAUGGAAUCACAGAAUCAGGAAGGUUGGAAAAAACCUCCAAGAUCAUCAAGUCCAACCGUUGGCCCAUCACCACCACGCCUGCUAACUGUGUCCCAUGCCAUUGAUAUCCAUUACCUCAAACCAAUAUGUUCUGAAGGUUCAGCCACCCCAUUCCUUUCCUAUAAAAUCCCAGAAUCACAAAGGUUGGAGAACACGUCAAAGAUUACCUAGUCCAACUCCACUCCAUCUCCACCACGUCCACAAGUGCUACAUCUCCACAUUUCUUGACUACCUCUGGGAACAGUGACCCCAUCACCUCCCUAUUCCAAUGCCUGACCAUGGAAGAAAGGGAGGAAUCCACCAACACAAAUGCUCGGGGCCACCAACCUGACCCUGUCCAAUGAAGGAGGCAUUGCUGGGAGCCCAGCCUGCGCAGUCACCAAUGGACAGGGCAUGGAAGAGGGAGAGGAACAAGAAGGGGUCGGCUGUGUGUGAAAUGGGACCAGAUGCUGUUAUCUGUUCUGCCUUGUCUUUUUUUCAUCUGGGGCCGGUCACUGCAGUCUGCGCUAUCUUGUAUUUUCUUAUUAAAAUCUUGUCUAAAUCACA